AUGUCCUCCCUAACACCCGAAGCCCCCAAACCCCCCUGCGCCCCACCCCAGCCCGCCAACGCCUCCAACACCAACCUCGCCCACCUCAACCCCCUCCCGCCCAGCGUCUUCACCCUCCCGCAGACCGCCCAACUCGAAGCUCUGUAUACGAUCAUCAGGGACAAGGAAACCUCCCGCGGCGACUUUUUGUUCUACUCGGAUAGGAUUAUCAGGCUUUUGGUGGAGGAGGGGUUGAAUCAUUUGCCGGUUGUGAAGAGGACGGUUGAGACGCCUACGGGAGCAACAUACGAAGGCGUCGGCUUCGAAGGCAAGAUAUGCGGUGUCUCUAUUCUUCGUGCGGGAGAGGCGAUGGAAGCCGGUCUAAGGGAGGUGUGUCGGAGUGUUAGGAUAGGCAAGAUCCUCAUUCAGCGGAACAUGGAUUGGAUAGGACGAAGAAACGACCCAACCAAAACUCUUCUACUCCAAGCAACGGGCGGAUCAGCAAUCAAAGCCGUCGAAGUGCUCAUCGAACACGGUGUCCCAGAAGAACGCAUCAUCUUUAUCAACCUGAUCUCCUCACCAGAAGGCCUCACAGCCUUCACAUCGCGCUUCCCGUCGCUCAAAGUGAUCACAGGCUGGAUCGACCAAGGCCUCAACGAAAAAGCAUACAUCAUCCCCGGAUUGGGAGAUUUCGGCGAGAGGAGGUACUGCACAUAA